GUAGGAAUGAAUUGAUAGCCAGAUACAUCAAGCUCAGGACAGGGAAGACGAGGACCAGAAAACAGGUGUCUAGUCAUAUACAGGUCUUAGCAAGAAAGAAAGUUCGAGAAAUUCAAGCCGCCAUUAAGGUGUCUAGUCACAUUCAGGUUCUUGCCAGAAGGAAAUCUCGUGAUUUUCAUUCCAAGCUAAAGGUGACAAGCAUGGAUCAGACUGCAAAGGAUAAGGCCCUGCAGCACAUGGCGGCCAUGUCUUCAGCACAGAUCGUCUCAGCCACUGCCAUUCACAACAAGCUGGGGCUGCCCGGGAUUCCACGCCCAACCUUCCCAGGGGCGCCGGGGUUCUGGCCGGGAAUGAUACAGACAGGGCAGCCAGGAUCCUCACAAGACGUCAAGCCUUUUGUGCAACAGGCCUACCCCAUCCAGCCAGCGGUCACAGCCCCCAUUCCAGGGUUCGAGCCUGCAUCAGCCCCAGCUCCCUCAGUCCCUGCCUGGCAGGGCCGCUCUAUUGGCACAACCAAGCUUCGCCUGGUGGAGUUUUCAGCUUUUCUUGAACAGCAGCGAGACCCAGACUCGUACAACAAACACCUCUUCGUGCACAUUGGGCAUGCCAACCACUCGUACAGUGACCCUUUGCUCGAAUCGGUGGACAUUCGUCAGAUUUAUGACAAAUUUCCUGAAAAGAAAGCUGACUUGAAGGAACUAUUUGGAAAGGGCCCUCAAAAUGCCUUCUUCCUCGUAAAAUUCUGGGCCGAUUUAAACUGCAAUAUUCAAGACGAUGCCGGGGCUUUUUAUGGUGUAACCAGCCAGUAUGAGAGUUCUGAAAAUAUGACAGUCACCUGUUCCACCAAAGUUUGUUCCUUCGGGAAGCAAGUAGUAGAAAAAGUAGAGACCGAGUACGCGAGGUUUGAGAAUGGCCGAUUUGUGUACCGAAUAAACCGCUCCCCGAUGUGUGAAUACAUGAUCAACUUCAUCCACAAGCUCAAACACUUACCAGAGAAAUAUAUGAUGAACAGUGUUUUGGAAAACUUCACCAUUUUAUUGGUGGUAACAAACAGGGAUACACAAGAAACUCUGCUCUGCAUGGCCUGUGUAUUUGAGGUUUCCAAUAGCGAACACGGAGCACAACAUCACAUCUACAGGCUUGUAAAGGACUGGACAUGGUUAUUUAUAUAUAGAUAUCUGUAUAUACACACACAUGCACACACACUCUCCAUUAUCGAACGACUGACUGUAAACCUCACCGCGCAGGGUGGUGCCCUGGCCCCGAGGUCACCCCGACUUUUCUAAAUCCUGUUUGAGUGAAGUCAUUUUUUCAUGUGUUCCUACGAUCAUUGUAGCUGUGAAGUUCUGGUACAGUUGUCAAAAGAGAAAUCGAGUUGUUUCUUUGUGUUCUUCAGAUCUGCAGCCCACAAUUCCUCGGGAAAGGUGAACCCUAACAACCGCAGUCUCUCUCGGCAGAGACGUUUCUCUAAUUGUGGUAGAAAAUGAUUGAGACAGAGCAUUUGCCGUGGGCAUUACAGCCUUUAUACAAAUGUAUUUAGUUCUCUUUUUCCAACAUAAAAUCCUUGUUUUAAGAUACAAGUAAAAUUAAUCUUUAAAUAUAAAUGUAAAUUAGUACACGAAACUAAGAAUCUUUAGACUUAUCUUUGUAACUAAUUAGGGUGAAAGUUAUGAAAGAAUGUAAUUCACUAAAUUAUUUUUUAAAUGAAACUUUCCUUUCUUUUUGAAACCAAAUGUUAAACUAUAGCCUUAAAUGCUUGGUAGGAAUCUUAAUGAGACAAAUUUGUCCUUCUUUUCCUCAAGGUGAAAACUAAUCUCCUAAUCCAUUAAACUCUUGAACAGGUAUUACAAAGGAAGAAAACGUCACCCCUUAUCCUUAACAUAUAUAGUAUAUUUAAAGAGAUAAAAUUGUAUUGUACUAAUGCGAUGAUUGAUUAUUUAAUGAAAAAGAAAAAGAUGGCUCUUUUUGCAAUAAGUAGUUAAGUACUGAGAAAUCUAAACUUACGAUGUUUAUAGUCUUGUGUGUGCAGUUAUAUUUUAUGUGGACAACCAAAUUUUUUAUGAAGACGAGUAACUGUUUGAACCACUGAAAUGGAAUAGCGUAAUUUAAAAAUUGGCAUGAAUACUGCACUGUGAGCUGCAAAGUAAGUCACCUGUGGCUGGGAGAAAAUUUCAUCCACCAAACAAGUACAAGGCCCAUGAGUUUUAGUAUCUCUGCUCCCCAGAAAAUGGCAAGCAUCUUCACCAGCCUGUGGCUAAAGUCUUCAUUUCCGGUGACUCAGCGUGCAUAGGAACCUGCUGUGACUCUCUCCGAGUGUGUGUCCCCAUCCAGCCAAGCACAUGCACCUCUCAUCUUUCCACGUUUAAUGAGCAUCUACUGAGUGUCACUCAGUUUGCUAGGUGCUGAUAGGGUGUGUAUCUCCAUCUGCAUCCGUGGACUUAGAUGCAUUCUCUCCAAGGAUACCUGUUUCCUUGCCCUCUCCUGCCAACUCCUAGUGCUUGUUUGAUUUCGUUUAAGAGGCCCAGCUGUCUACCUUUGACCUUUCCAAACAGACUCAUUCAAGAGGGUCUCUUUCCAGGGGAGAUGGAACUUUCCGUCCCAGGUCCUCCAAAGCAUUGCCCAGGCAGGGUUGGUUUGAUGUGACCACAUGUCUUGGGUUGUUUCCAUAAGUGCUUCAUUGGGGAGAGGUCGGGGGUACCCCCCAACUGCCAGAGGGAAACGAUUUUUAAAAAUAAACCAUUGAGAAUACUGCCACACAGUAGAAUGUGAAAUAAGUUUUGUAAGUUGUAAGGCAUGUCAAGGUUUUUCCCGCCAAACGAAAAACUUAAUUCUGUCGUAUCUCAGUGAGCACACCCUCCUUCCCUCUCCCCCGUCUGCUCUGACUCUGCUUGUACAUUGAUUGGCACCUUGUGGUCACGAGCCUGAGGGUGUGACUGGCUCGUGGCCAAUAGGAAAACAACUAAACUGACCUCUCCCAAUGCAUCACCGGUCACUGGCAAGACCAGCGGAGAAAGUGCAAAACUUUCCCUGUGGGGAUGCACACCCCUCACAGGGAUCAGUAGGGCGGGGCUGCCCUUCCCUUCGGAAGGAGAAGGAGACUACCGUUUGUUUCCUGGUACCAAGCCAGCCUUUGAAGGAUUGCCCCAGCUGUCCGCCCUUCUGCCCAGACGUGUAAGCUUCUCUCAUGGUCAUUACAUUUACAGUGACUUCUGUUGGACUCCCCUCUGCGGAGGUCCCUUUUGCUCCUAUUUCCUAUGUUCUUCCUCAAGGGAAUCCCUGCUCUCUCAGGACCAGAGCUGCGUGCCCAGGUGCAAAUGGUCCUGUGUGGAGAAAGUCAGGGUCCCAGAGCUGCAGGGGCUCGGAGAUCUGGUUCAUGUUCCCACCCGGCGAGGGGGCUCUUCUGUGCUACCAGGACAGCUCUUGGCAUUUACUUUCUAUAGCACAAAAUGACUGGGGCCCCAGGAAACCAGCUCGAACCCUGACCCUGCUGUUCUGCUGACUUCACAGGGUGUGGCUGGGCCCCGGGUGCCUCACCGCCCACCCUCUCCCUCUGCUGGCCUCCUAGCUGACUUUCAUAUGUUCACAUGAUUGACCUUGAGAACUGCCUUUUGUUCUUGGAACAUUUCUAAGAUGUUGUAAAGUUUGCUUCCUACUUCAUUCUUCUUAAGCUUUCUCCAUCUUAGUCCCCCCUUCCAUCGUAACCACUGGUUCAGUUACCCUAAACUCUUGAGCUUCUCAUCCUCUCUCCCAGAUUGCCCCUUGGGUAGAUUUUGUGGCGUGGCAUCCAUCUUGGUCCUUCCUUCUCUGUGGCUGUCUUCUCCCAUUGUCUUCAACACCUUCUAGACCAUGAAGAAGCUUUUCCAAAGCCCCGUCCUCACUUGUCUCCCAGGUGCCCUUUUUCUGAUACCCCCCACCCCCCAGUACCAGGUCUGUUUUGGGACACUGUGUUCUUCUAGCCGAGUCUGGGGACCAGUAUGCUCCAGCCUAAAUCGGGACGAGCUGAAGCAGCAGCUCUAGUCUAUUGGCAUUCAUUUCCAUCAUAGUGAAAGGCCUAAAAUAAAACCAAGACUUCUUCCAGAAAUGUCCAAGAAUCCUAAAUGUCCAGGCUACCUAAGACCAGGGUUCCUCACCCUCGAUGCUGCCAACUCUGGACCAGGUGCGGUGCCACUCGUGCGUUGCAAGAACUUUACCAGUGUACCUUUUCUUUCCCCAGGAGGACCAGUAACACCUCUUACCCACUUGUCAUAACCUCAGUGUCUGGGACAUUGCCAAAUGUCCCAACUGCAAAGUCACCCCAGUUGAGAACCACCAUCCUAGACCUUACAGGUCACAGUGAGCCGUUUUGACAUUCUUUUUCCUUCCAUGUCAUCCUGUGAAAGCCUUUCUCCUGGAAGCCUUAUUCAGGUUAUCGAGAGCAGAAGGAAUACUAAUCGGCUGACACCAUGGCCAUGUUUCUUGAUGUAUCCAAACUUGUGUCUCACAGCUGCUUCUCUCUUUCUACGGUAUCCUUUUGCUCAUCCCCAGGGAUGCGGGAACAGUUAGUCCCCGUUGUCCCGAUAAUCAGCUCACACCUAUUAAAGGAGUGUUUCUGAUCUGAUCUUUAAGCCUUAUCUCACUAAGAAUCAAACAGCUCACCAUUUUAUUACUUCUCAUAAGCUCAUGGGGCUGAUUAUCAAACCCUCAGUCAUUUUCGUGUAUUAUCUCUGGGCUGCUUCUGUGCUCUGCCUACAGCCAGUGCCACUUGUAGACUAUCAAAUCCUCUGGAACUUUUCUGGGUCGAGGAAGGGGAGGAGAUCCAUUCCAGAGAGGUCGUACAGAAUUUUCCCUUCUCGAGCUCACAGAGGGCACAUUCUUACCUCCUUUAUUUUGUACAUGAGAAAACUGAGACCCAGAGGGUAUACGACUUGCCCGAAGUCAUUCAGAACAUGAGUGGAGACUUUUCUAGAGCUCUCGAUGCUUUACUCCCUGGUCUCUUCUGGAGGAGGCCGUUCUUCGGUGCUCUAUGCUUAAGUGAUCUCAAGAUCCUGAGGACAGGGUCAGAUCCAGAGAGAGGGGAGACUCAGAAUCGCUCUCCCUCACUUUAGUAUUCAGCCUGAUGCUCUUGCUCACGCUCAAGGGUCUUGUCUGACCAGAGCUGUCCUUGACACCCACCGCAGAGAGGAAAACUGAUGGGCCUUUCAGUGACUUCCUGUCACGGGUAGAGAACCAGCUUGUGACGUGAGCAUUGGAGGACAUCCCUGCCACAGGCUCUGACUCAAAUUCCCAUUCACAUCGCAUCCCAGCAGCAAAGCCCUGCAUUCAGACCAGCCAAAACCCAGCCCCGUUCUGAGCACUUGGUGUAAAAAGUCUCCACACGACUUGACCCCAAGUCUGCAUUAGGUGUCAAUACUGUGGUGGCUUUCACAGUUGUUUUUGUCCAAUCGUGAGUUAUUUCAAUCCUGAGAUGACAGUUUUACACACCAGGUACAUAUGCUGUGUCUAAUUCCGUAUAUGCUCUGGUACACUGCACCUUCCCUAACAACACCUGAGACAGGAGGGUAUGUCUGCAUUGCUUCUGUCUUUCUGUUGAUGUUUCUGUGGCCAAGCUCUGCACAUGUCAUUUCUGAAAAGCCUUAAACCUUCGAGAUGUCGUGUGUGGGGUAUGCAGGGCACAGACUGCCCCAGAACUGUGAGCCCUUUUGUAAGCUGGAAGCAUUUCUCUUACUACUGUUACUUUUUUCUUUGUUUA